GAUUUGAUAAUACCAAGUGACACCGAUUUUCUUGAUACUUGGGAGUAGGAAUUAAGAGCAAAAUAAUACUCAUUCACAGGCAAUGGAAGAUUUAGUUGAUAAGAAAUUGGUUAAAGCUAUAGGAGUAUCCAACUUUAAUCAAGAUCAGAUUGACCGGAUUUUGAAGAAACCGACUUUGAAAUACAAACCUGCACUUCUCCAGAUUGAAUGCCACCCUUAUCUGACUCAAGAAGAUCUGAUCUCCUAUUGCCAUUCAAACGACAUUGUUGUUACUGCCUAUAGCCCACUGGGAUCUCCAGCUAGACCAUGGGUAAAAAAAGAUGACCCUACACUUCUCCAGGAUCCUAAACUCAAGCAUAUAGGAUGUCAGCAUGGUAAAUCAACAGCACAAGUCUUGAUCCGUUUUCAGAUUCAGAGAGGUUUGGUUGUAAUUCCAAAGUCUGUUACCAAAAAACGCAUUUGGGAAAACUUUAAGGUUUUUGAUUUUAAGUUGAGUGAUGAGGAAAUGAAGACUAUCCUUUUGUUAAACAGGAACUGGAGAUGCUGCCCAUUUCAUUGGUGUAUUAAUCACAAGGACUACCCGUUCAAAUAAACUUUUAAACGUAUUCUUCAAGUGGAAUGUCCUGG